AUGGAUCAUAAUGAAACCUAUGACAAGUACCAGGAAACGUAUGAAGAAUGUAUCCAUUCCAUGACGAAAAUCAUUACCCAUUUGUCGAAUAUUAAUCCUGAAGAAGAAGUCUUGGUCCGUCCAAUAGUCACUCCAAGAUUUGCACCUGUCUGUACAAGAAAAUUGCUUAAAUACCUUGGUAAUUUAAGUAAUAUUAACCACCUCCCUAUUCAAACUCACAUUAGUGAGAACAAGAAAGAGGUUGAACUUGUUCAUGAUUUAUUCCCAGAAUGUCCCGAUUAUGCCACUGUCUAUGACAAACAUGACCUUCUCAACGAAUCUACAAUCUUGGCUCAUGCAAUUCAUUUAACUGAUAAGGAGCGCAAAUUGAUCAAGAAGAAGAAUUGUUCCAUCAGCCAUUGUCCAACUUCGAAUACAUUCAUCUCAAGUGGUGAGGCACCAAUCAAACAGUAUCUCACCAAGGAUAAAAUAAAUGUUUCAUUGGGUACCGACAUCAGUGGUGGAUUUGAUUCCUCGAUUCUUGGAGUUGUCAAACAUUCCAUCUUGGUCAGUCAUCAUUUAGCUAUGAAAACCAAUGAUACCAAGGAUAAGUUAACUUUAGAAGAUGCAUUAUACAUGUCUACAAUGGGUGGGGCAAAAGCUGUCGGGUUGCCCGACAUGAUUGGUUCAUUUGAACUUGGGAAAAAGUUUGACGUUCAAUUGAUAGAUUUAACCAUAGAAGAAUCCAAUGUUGAUGUUUUUAAUUGGCAAAUUCCUGAUACUUCUAAUACUUCAGAGUCUGAUUAUCAACAUAUGGUUGAUUUGUUGGGCAAGUGGGUUUUCAGUGGUGAUGAUAGAAACUGUGUGAAAGUGUGGUGUAAUGGUAGAUUAGUGCUAGAUAAAAAGGUUAAUGGUCACAGGGAUGACCGUUGGGUAAUGAUUGAAAGUGAAUUUUCAUAG